UGACGCCCAACAUAAUGCAGCUGCGUUUUGUUAAUGGCUAGAGCAAGGAAGCUCAGGGCUGAAAGGGCAACAAAGAGGGAGGUGCAGAGAGCUCUGUGGUCAUCGAGAGUCCUCUGAGAGUCCUCAAUAAUCACACUGAGAACUCACUAGGUAAGCGUGGAAUUCUAGAACGCAUCCCUGGGACACGACAUCAUGAUGGCCACUGCAACCAUAGCCUCCAUGGACAUGAGGCUUCUGCUGAGAGAUGAUGUUUUUGUCGACUUUUUCAACACAUUUCUGAAUCUUCCUGUUUUUGGCCAGACACCCAUUUACAUCAGCAGUACAGGCCAGUGGAACCUCUGGCCAGAGCUGCCAAGCCAUCUGGAUCCCAGCCCCCCGGAUUUACUGGCUUGGCUGGAAAAGCACCGGCUGCCUCACUUCUGCAAAUCCAGCCUUUGCCUCCACCUCGUCCUCUGCCAGAAGCUUCUGGAUUUCAUUCGGUCGGGGGAAGCAGCAAAACUGCUGAACUGGCAAAGCGCUGACUGGUGGCUACUGGAAAAGUGCAUCAGUGGGAGCCAGGCCAUGUGGCACUUUCGGGCCUUCAUCCGAGGAAUGGCAGGCGAAGAACUGACCAACUUCUGGCUCACCACUGAAAGGCUCCUGGGGAUGGAUGAGUCAGAUGAAAGGCAGAGGGAUCUCUAUCUGUCCUUGCUCCACAGGCUGAAAGCCACUCACCUGCGUGAAGGCUCCAGUGUCAUCACUCUCUGCAGGACCAUCACUGGACCACUGCUGAAAGCCAGGCACAUUCAGUCCAUCAGCACCAGGAGAGAGAUCCUAAGCAAGAUGCAGGAACAGGCCCUUUUUACGAUUCAGAGUUACUGGCUCCCUAAAUUCUUCAUCCACUGCAAGAUGGGCAUGAAGGAAGAGAAAUUGUGCUGGCCUUUGCUGCAGGAAUAUCAGGAGCGUUUAUUAUGGGCCAAAUCAGAGGAGCCCUCAGGCUUUUCAGAAAAUCUCUUCACGAUGCAUAUUAAAAGAAGGCAGGGUUUGUCAGGGCCCUACUGCAGCAAGAAGGCCAAAGUGGAGAUCUGGGCUCUAGUCAGGGAAGUAAGAGACAUCCAAGAAAUGAAGAUGCCCAGUUUUCAGGUGCAACCAGAAAGGCAACCAGGACCAGCUGGGAGCACAAAGGAAUAUACUCUGGAUAAGAAUGCUUUGGAAUCAAUUCCACAGCAGUCAGAGCAUCCUGCAGACCCUGCCUUUGGAGGCAAAGGAGGAGCAACCUGUCACGAACUACCCAGGCCUAACGCAGAGCAGGUUCAUCACCUGAAAGACCUCUCUAAAGAGAAAGUCCUCUCUAACCUGUGUUCCUCUGCACCCGUUGCCCAGCUGCCAUCCCUGGAAAAGCCAGUCAAGACCUUGAGUCUUCUUCCUUGGGCCCUUAGCGCUGAGACCUGUGCAGGACGGCCCUUCAGGGAUUUCUUGAAAUGCCAGGACCGGCCCAUGGAGACUCUUCUCCUGGACCUGUGGCAUGACCUGGAGGAAUUUCUGUCUGCGGUGCUGGACCCCAGCAGAGAAAAUAGUUUCUUCCUGCGUCAUUUGACUGGGGAGAAGAUAUGCAAGACCUACCUGGAGGAGGGAACCGUUCAGCAGCUUCCCUUGGAAACCAGGACCCUCAAGAAGUUGCGGAACCAUCUGAUGUCUGGAGAAUUCUCCCCCUGGAUAUUCAGAGCCCAGGAGGAGAUUUGCAAGGUGCUCUGCGGCUUCUACGAGGAAUUUCUGGCUGAUGAUGACAGAACGUUCCUUCAGUUUAUGUCUCUGCAGAGCAAUGUCCCGAUGCCUGAGAUGCAAGACCAUACUGUUGGGAAAGAAGAACGUUUCCUCCUGUCCCAGCGGAUAAACCAGUCCUUGAAGCUGAGCCAGGCCUUGCAUGGCACAAGGAAUUUGGAAGGUCUCUCCUCCAAGCACUGGCAAUUAAUUGCCACUCGGGACCUCCAGAAUGGGGGCUCCAUCCAGGCAGAGGUGGAACCUCUCCUGUGCAAUACCAGUAAGAGGGGGCUCUGAAUUUCUGCUGUGGCUCAUGUUGACUUGGACUGAUAAAGCAUACUUUGUGCACCCA